UUCGUUAGCGUGACUGCUGUUGUUGACACUUAGCACCUUAGCACCUAUAGCAAUACAGUCAGGCUACACUUUAGCAGAUGUUCGUGUUUUAAACAACGUCCGUUAAUUACUCGAUAAUGCCGCCAUGUUAAUUUGGUGUUAGUCUACCGUUUUGUUGUCUGGUUGUCAGUUUAAUCGCAGCUAACGGUGCUAACUUUGUGACGUAGCUAGCAUAAGAUGCUAGCCUGCAAUGGAGGAAGGUAGCCAGUUAUGACGCCAUGGAAAGAAGAUCUAAGUUUAACAAUUAGAAUUUAGCGGUAUACUUUGUAUUUCAGUAUUUAUCGUAGCUUCGUGCUUUAAAUCAGAUGGAGUAACACCCAGAAAACAAGAUGGCAGUGGAGCUGGAUGUGUUCGUGGGUAACACCACUAUCAUGGAUGAGGAGGUGUACCAGCUCUGGUUGGAUGGUUACACAGUGAAUGAUGCAGUGAGGGUACGAAUGGAAGGAGGAGUGCUGGAGGAGUAUGAGGCGAGUGCAGAUGUUCUGCUGAGUGACACCAUGGACCAGUACAGGACCUUCCAGAUGUGUGAACGUCUGCUGCACAGCCCAUCCAAACUAGCCAACCAACUACUGUUCCAGAUCCCACCUCAUCGACAAGCCAUGCUCAUAGAGAGAUACUAUGCCUUUGAUGACGCAUUUGUCCGUGAGGUCCUGGGGAAGAAGCUCUCCAAAGGAACCAAGAAAGACUUGGAUGAUAUCAGUGCCAAGACAGGUGUGACGCUAAAGAGCUGCAGACGACAGUUUGACAACUUCAAACGUGUUUUCAAAGUUGUGGAAGAGCUGAAGGGACCCCUGGUGGAGAACAUACGUCAGCACUUUCUUCUUUCUGACAAGCUUGCAAGGGAUUAUGCCGCCAUUGUUUUCUUUGCCAACAAUCGCUUUGAGACGGGGAAAAGAAAGCUGCAAUAUCUCACAUUUCAGGACUUUGCUUUCUGUGCUGGGCAGCUUAUCAGCAACUGGACCGUCGGGGCUGUUGAUACCAUGGUGGAGGACAUGGACGUGGAUCUCGAUAAAGAGUUUUUACAAGAGCUGAAAGAACUGAAGGUUUUAAUCACUGACAAAGAUCUGCUGGAUCAACACAAAAGUCUGGUCUGUACAGCUCUCAGAGGGAAGACUAAAGCUUUUAAUGAGAUGGAGGCUAAUUUCAAGAAUCUUUCCAGAGGCCUCGUCAACAUCGCUGCAAAGUUAACCAACACAAAAGAUGUCAGAGAUUUCUUCAUUGAUCUUGUGGAGAAGUUUAUUGAGCCGUGUCGCUCAGACCGAUGGACAGCUGCGGACAUGAGGCUCUACCUCACUCACUACAGCAACUCUGCACACAUACUCGACACAUUCAAACACCAGGUUGUGUGGGACAGAUACAUGGGCGUCAUCAAAAGCUGUAUCUUCAAAAUGUAUCACGACUGAAGCGUUUUCUCUGCGGCUCACCUCUCAUUCCUCCCCGCUCUUCCCUUGGUUUGUUCCCCCCACUGAAGCUGUUAUCUGUAGCCCUUCAUUUUGUGCUCUCUGUGUUUCCAGCAGUGUCUGUAAAAUUGAUUUGUAAAUAAA